AUGGACUUUCUGAAACUUAAGACAGAAAUGGCUGAUAAAGAAAAUGUCCAUAGACCUACAUGGAGCAAAAAUAAUGUAACAAUGGGAAAAAAUUGUACUCCAUUAAAACCUUCUAAUGAAUUAACCAAUUCAACUAUAGCCACUGAUACAUAUAUUGAAGAUAAUAAUCAAACUCUGCAGUUGUUACCAAUCACAAAUGAUCGCCAAAGUCAACGUAUGACAGUAAGCAAAGCAUUUCACAUUGAAAACAAUAAUAAAAAGAAACAAGUGACUACAGAAAAACCAAAGCAAGAUGCUAAUGUGCUCAAGAAACCUGUGCUUGGAUCCUAUCGUGGCCAAAUUGUCCAAUCUAAGGUUAAUUCAUUUAGAAAACCUGUACAAGUGAAGCAUUCUGCAAUAACAAAGAAACUUUCAACUCCUAUCUCUAAGGCCACAAAACCUAAGCCUAGAAACACCAGCAGUGUAACAGCAAAAAGUCACAGAGCCUCAAAUAUGAUGACUACGACUAAAUUUGCAAGGGCUACAUCUCAGAAGGAACAUCUUUUACGUCCUCCUAUUAGAAGUCACCACAGUAAUACUCAUAAUACCCAGGACUCCCUGAAACAAGGCAUUGCCAAUGUUACAGUUCGGAAAGGGUCUCAUGAGAAAGAAUUACUACAAUUAAAUACAGUUUUAUCUAGUGUCAAAACCAUUUCUUCUCAAGAAGUAAAAAGAAAUAAGACAGUAUCAAGAAGCAUCACAUCUGAAAUGAUAGCCAGGCCUGCUUCAUCUUCUAAUAUCAAACAGAUAGAAAAGUCAAAAACCAUUGACCAGUGCAGGCAUACUAUAGCAAAAGCAACUAUCAAUAGAAGGGCUCAGCCCAAAGAAACCGUAGAAGAAAGAAAAGCUCGUCUUGUUACAGAAAAACCGGAGAAGAACCAAGCAACGCUCUGAGAGUUUGGAGUUACACUUUAUUCACCACGGUGGGCUUAGGGAAAUGAACCCAAAUUCUAAGCAAAGCUACAAGCAGAACUUCCCUUUUUAUGGAAGAGCCAGCCCUUUGUGCGCUUAGUGGUUAUCUUGCUGGCGGCCUUGAAAACUAUACAGUUCUCAGUUCUCAUGGCAUUGGGCGUAUCUAGUCUCUGGCCUACAAGGUCAGACAGCUAAGUUUAUCUUCCUCAUUAUUCAAGCAGGCUAA